AUGGGAAAUACAAAUACUGAUAUUCAACUUUAUCGAAAGAAAAUUGAUAUACAUGGUAAUUAUGUUGAUUUUCCGGGUUAUACGAUUGUCGCACAUGCUAUACAUCCAUUACCAAAACCAUUAAUUGAUCUUGUUAAUUAUCUUUCUUCAAGUGAACUUAAAAAUUAUUAUUCAUUUCUACCAAUGACAAGUUAUCAUGUUACUAUAAAUCCACUUGAAAAUGUUCGUCAUGAACAUAAAUUUCUUUUAGAAGAUGAACAACGUAAAUUAAAAGAACAAAAUACUUCACUUAUAUGUACAGUUGAAAAACUAAUCUAUUCUGGAAUUAUAUCAAUUGAAGUACAAUUUAAAAAUGAUAUUAAUCCUAAUUUUGAAAAUAUUAUUAAAAAUGUUCGAACGAAUGAAUUACAACAAGCAAAAAUUCUACAUAAUUAUGCACUCUGUUGGCAUUUAACAUUAGCUUAUCGAUAUAAAGAUUUAGAUAAUGAAAUUCAAACAAAAACUCAACAAAUAAUCGAUAAUAUUCCUCCAACAUCAAAAUUUCCUUUUGAUAUUCCACUUGAUCAUAUACGAAUAUGUCAUUAUAAUGAUAUGACUAAAUUUACACCGAUUUGA